GAUGACACUAGUGACAAGAGAUAUGUUUACAAAGCUCUGCGACAGGAAUAAAGGGUCUGGAGUCAUUGCCAGUAGCUACGCUGAUUGCUUUCAGGGAACAUUUUCUUCUCUGAGUCUGUCUACAUCUUUAUUUGAAGAAAAAGCUUCCAGAUCUCUCAACAGAUUUUCUCAGGAUCUCUUCCUCCAUGACGAACGUGUCUCAGACAAUGGAGACAGAGGAGGACCUCCUCACUUUACUCCACAUCAAGUUUUACCACCCUCAGCAACACUGUAAAGGUCUCUACAACUCGCUUCCCUUGGGGACCAGGAGCAGAUGCUCUGCCGAUGAUCCUCUCAGGCUGGGCCGUGACGCCCAGGCCUGCACCUACUCUCUGGUCGACCACAAGGUGUCCCGCAAACAGCUGGCCCUAAACGCCUACCGUACACCCAAGAGCCCGGACAUGCUGUUCUCCAUCCAGAACCUGAGCCAGAGAGGGCGGCUGUCAGUGAACGGAUCGUCGCUGGGCUACCUGGAGAGAAUGGACCUUCCAGACAAGACUCUGAUCCGGUUCUUAGAGUAUGAGAUGGUCAUUAUUCGGGAGUCUGGAGAGGCAAAGACCAGUUUUGAGGUGGACAUGGAGGUGCUGACUGUGCCUCCCUCCAGGGAGACGUGCACCUGUGUGCCUGGAAGGGCACCAGUCAUGGACACGGGUAUGGUGAACCAAAACACGGCCUUGCCUCAAGAGACUGAAGAGACACUCGUCUGUUACUCUAACUGAAGAUUACAAACUGAACUUGUCAAACAGCAUGGUAUGUCUGGGAUGAUAUCGACUUCUAUUUAGCGUUGAGCCAUCUGUCAUGACUAUAGGAUAGUUAAUAUUGUACCAGAUUAGGGUUGUCUUCAAGCUUAACCAUAAAAUAAUUAAUAUUUCCUGCAUCUAUCUUGAACUCAUUCCAAAACUUGUACAAAUCACACAUAUUGAUUUGACCAACUUGGUCAAGGUGUUGGUCUAGACCAAGCUCUAGAAAAACAAGAUCUAGAAAAACAACUUUUUCUAGAUCUUUUAAGAGAUAAAAUUACAUUCCUUAUCUUUAGGCUCAGGUUACAGUGAUGAAACCUUUAGAAAACAACACAAUAUCACUAGAGAUGGGAGUUUACAGUACAUCUUUAGUUGACAUACAAGUUAAAAAAUACACUGGACGUUUUAUUCUGAAUAACAGUAAUAAUUAACUUUGAAUAAUAUAAUAAUUAAUAAAUAAUUGUAAAAUUCUAUAACAUUUCCUCUUACAUUUCAAAGUAAAGUCCAUUAGCUUUCAAUCACUACAAAAUUCUGCUUCUGAAUAUUUACUUUUCGUACACUACGUUUAUUUAGCUAAAACAAAUUGGCAUUUUAUGCUAUGACAUAAAAUGCCGUAACAACUAAAACUGAGCAUAGACUGAAACUGACAAGAGGGGUCAGUUCCAUUAAUAGCACCAGGCAGUUAUGUCUGGAAUGUGUUCCACCGUUAAAAGCUGCCGAGCACAAAAACGGAUCUUACCAAAAGAGGAACUGGAAAAAAGCAACUGCUCCACUUUUAGUCACACAACAUGAGAGAAUGAGCUUCAGUUUCAGGAGGAAAACUCCCUUUGUGACCACAUUACCAAUUAGCACCAGAUCCAAGAACAUUAACCAAAACAAAUUUAAUGGAAUCUGUUACAAUUCAAAGUGGGUGAGGAAACAGUUUAUGUUAACAUUGGAAUACAAGGCUAAACCUUUUACACUGGUAAUCACAUUUUAAAUGAGCAAGUUGUGAAGUUUUAACAAGAUGUUAAUACAAACACAAGUGUUGAUUUCUAUUAU